CAGACCAUGCGAGCGACUGCUUCGUGACUUAUGUGCAAGUGCUUCGUGAAUGUUCUCGCCCGGGCAAUUCCGACUCGUUUGCAGCCGUUCGUGUAGCAGGACACAUACACUACCAGGAUCCAAACUCCCGUCGCCGCAAAAUUAGAAUUCCCCUGACGUCAGACAAGGGACUACGUUCAGUCUUACCCCUACACUUAGUUCUACUCCAUCACCUGAGCUUAUACAAGAUCGUCAAUUAUCUACUACCCCUGAUCUAUGUACUACACCUUCCUCUAAGCGUAGACACAGGACUUCAUCCUCCACUACUGCCUCACCCAGUACGGCAUCUUCCUCUGAUCUUGCACAUAGGGUUACGUUGUCUAGUACCGACUCCCCGCCCAAUGCUCUCGAAUAUACAUCCCAUUCUACUCUGACCCCUAGCACGAACUCAUCUCCUGCGUCCAGCCCCGACACCUCAUCGCAUAUCUUCACCUCGAGACCCGACACCACCUCACCCGCUACCACCGCCGAAGGAACCACUAGAUCUGCACCCAUCAACGUCGCAAUUCCCGCUAAUUUACCCAAUCCCUUAGCCACCACAACAGCUGAUUCUUGCGUGGUGACCACCACAUCCUCUUCCUUGACUUCCCAGUCCAAACAAACCCUUCCAGAGUUAGCUCCCGUCACCACCUCCUCCUCGGCGCCCGUUCCGGGAGGCGCCUUCCGGUCAGCCAUGUUGGGGGAAACUGAGAAGCGAGCGGAGCAUGGCCGAGAGGCAGGCAGGAGACAUGAGGAGAAGGUCGGCUCCGGUGCCGAGGCGCCAGCAGCGACUACUGAGACUCCUCAUCUAAGCGAGGACCAGGCGAGAAGGCUGCGAAAGUACAACCAGCGUGCGAAGACGGCAUUAACAAGUAUGCAGCUGCACAUUCUGGAGUUGAUGUUCCAGCAGAAUAAAUACCCGACGGCCGACCAGCGCAGCGGCAUCGCCAACAUCGCUGACCUGACCCUGCAGAAAGUCACCUUGUGGUUCCAAAACAGCAGGCAGCGUCUGAGAAGAAUCAAACUGAAGGGUGAAAAACGCAAGACGCGAAAGGUGGCGUGCAAGGAGCCAGACGAGUCACCGAGCGAACCAGCGCCACCUGUCGGGCUGCAGGAGAAGACACUAGGAUCGCAGACGCCCCGGCACAUUCUACCGGGAACACCGGCGCCACCUGGACAGCAGGGAAUGACCGAGCAACCUCCCGCGACGCAAGCUGGUGACGUGAGUCCCCUGAGAUACCUGCUGGAGCCGCUACCGAUUAUCAGCUACCCCGAGGACGCCCUCCUGGCGACGUGCGAACCGCCGCCUUGCGUCUUACCGGUGCCGGCGCUGCUGCCGCGUAUGCCGAUCUAUCUACACGUCGAUAACUACUGUGUGACGCCGGUGCCCUGCGUGCGACCGAGCAGCGGUAGCAACGCCACCGCUCACGCUCGCACACGCGCAACCGGCCGCACAGUACAGGGCGGCUGGCCGACGCAAUGGCCCGUGAGCGGUAACCAUGGAUACGGUCCGCAGCAGGCCGCCGUGCCGCCGGCGUGGACGUGGCAGGGUGGCGAACAUGGCCGCUCGUCGGACCGUGGCGUCGACGAGAACAACAACGACGACGACGCCGACGUUACGUGUCAUGGGAUCAGCGUCUUUGGCGACGGCUUUUAUCCCUACACGACGCCCUUGCCUUCAAUCGCCGGCGAUCCACAGCUAGGACUGCAGGCGCGUCGCCACGGCAACGACGUGCCUCAGACAGCGACGACGAGGGUGACUCACGAGAAAUUACUCGCUGUUACCGACGCCAGCGAAGAAUCCGCCCUGUAUAGUGAGACACGUAUAGAAGCUCAAGGUCUUGGCCAUGGCAUGACAGUUUCUAGCGUGUUUGGCGACACCGGCAGUGAUACGUAUCUGCCACCCGAUGCGUGUGAAGGCACUGUCGUGAGUGCGACAGAGCACGAUGUCGCCAGAUCGUUAUCUGUACAAUACGGGGACACUGACACGGCCGAUCAAGAUCAUUUUUAUGUCAGCGCUAAAAGACCCAGCCAGGGCGCGGAGAACAGCCAUGAGUCGUCGCAGUUAACAUGCAUGGACGACUAUACCGCCUCCCCGAGUAACGAUCCAGCGGUGGCAGCACCUCCCACGUGGAUCACAUAUGGAUCAGCGAACGCCUCCAAAAGCAUGUGCGUUCCGUCUGAGACGCGUGAUCUUUACGCCGGCGGUCAGCGUUGCCGUAGCAAAGUUGGGUUAGAUGAACCCCUAGACAUGCAUUUCGAACAGAGGAGUGCGACGGACGCUUGUAUGAACUAUAAUUCUUCGUCUGCAGAGGCAGACCAUGGCGCCAUCUGGCAGGAUCAAAACGCUAGUAUUGUCGUGAACCAUUACGGCAGGCAACCGCACAGUUUUAAUUACGGUGGAGAUAGUGAAUCAGUGCCUCAGUCGGGGCUUCAGCCAUUAACAAAUUCGCCCGAUAAAGGUGGCGAAGACGUCGCCUAUCAUGAUAGCAACACACAGACAUACGUCUGCAACGAUCCUGUGAACGUCUACCCGAAUGCAGAUGAUCAAGCCAGUACAGGAAGCUGCAUCGCCGCAAUGCAAUGCGCUCACCAUGCACUCUGGCCGAACCAAUUCCACCAGCAGCCGUCACAGCUCAACACAGCCGCUGGAGAACAUGCGUCCACAACAAGGUGGAACCUUCCACAAACUGGGUACUUGACUAGGAACCAUUCGACGCCGACCGACUACGUGCCUAGACAUUAUUACGAGCAGCCAUGGUUGUCAACUGGGUACCACAGAGAACAGACCGACGCGACAGUUAUGUACCCCCCAGAAGCGACGAACCCAUUAGUUAGGCACCAGCCAGAAUGGACUGGCUCUAUUGUUGGGUACGGAACAGAACAGCUUUUCCCCGCUCCUGUAUACAAUCAAACUCACCAGCCUAACUCACAAUAUGGGUACUUCACAGAACAACCAGACAUAGCUGGGGACCAUACAAACGAGAGUCAGUUACAAUUUGCGCCUCAUCCGGAACAGGGUGAAUUACUAUUAGAGUCUCACCCAAAACAGAAUGGUUCACCAUUAGGGAGCCACCGAGAACAGCCUGGUUUAUUAUCAGAGUACCAUAAAGAGCAGACCGCCUCACCAUUGGGGUACUAUCCAGAACAGAUUGUUACACAACCAGGGUACCUCCAAGAACAGACAUAUGUACUACCAGGAUAUCACCAAGAUCAGCUUAACACACCAUCAGGGCAUCACCAAGAACAAAGUGCCACACCAUCAGGGUAUCCCCAAGAUCAGCCUGCGACACUAUUAGGGUAUCACCAAAAGCAGCCUGCCACACCAUCAGGGUAUCACCAAGAGCAGCCUGCCACACCAUCAGGGUAUCACCAAGAACAGCCUGCCACACCAUCAGGGUAUCACCAAGAACAGCCUGCCACACCAUCAGGGUAUCACCAAGAACAACCUGCCACACCAUCAGGGUAUCACCAAGAACAGCCUGCCACACCAUCAGGGUAUCAUGAUCACCAAGAACAGCCUGCCACGCCAACACGGUAUCGCCAAGAGCAGCCUGCCACACCAUCAGGGUAUUCACCCAGAGCACAGCGCUGCCACACCAUCAGGGUAUCAUGA